CGGGUACCCGGACAUUGGUGUUUGUGACAUCAUUCGAGCGAUUGCAUCAUGUCGUUCGCAGGGCGAUUCAAGGCGUUCAUCAACCACCCGACGGGCCCCAAGACGACGCACUUCUGGGGUCCCGUGGCCAACUGGGGCUUCGUCGCUGCUGCGAUUGCCGACAUGAACAAACCCCCGGAGAAAAUUUCGAUCAACAUGACUUCUGCGAUGGCAGUGUACAGUUUAAUCUUCAUGCGAUUUGCGUGGAUGGUGCAGCCUCGCAACUACCUUCUCCUUGCGUGCCAUGCAUCCAAUGAAACCGCGCAAUUGUACCAACUCCAACGCGCGCUCGCGCACAAGUGGACGUCGCCAGCGUCUGUGUAACUCGAGUCGACUUAACUGCGUCCAUGACAAAACA